AUGAGCAGCGGCAACGGCAAGGUGUACGCCACGGUGGUGCUCAUCAGGCUCAUCUAUGCGGGGAUGCACAUCCUCACCAAGGCGGCCUUCAACGAAGGCACGAGCACCACCGUCUUCGUCUUCUACCGGCACGCCGUCGCCGCCAUCUUCUUGUUGCCUUUCGCCUUCCUUGAAAUCAGGAAGCGACCGGCGCCACCUCUGACCUUCAGGCUCUCCGUCAAGAUCUUUGCUCACGGCUUCUAUGGGAUGGCUGGAACGAUCAACUUGUACUGCAUUGGCCUGAAAUAUGCUUCGGCGACCUCGUCGUCGGCUAUCUUCAACAUCGUGCCGGUGGUCGCCUUCAUCUUGGCCGUCAUGUUCAGGAUGGAGACCCUGAAGCUUAGGAGCAUCCAUGGCAUAGCCAAAGCCUCCGGGAUACUCCUCUGCGUCGCCGGCGUCAUCGUGCUGGCGCUGUACCAGGGCCCCCAGCUCAAGUCGAUGAACCACCACCAGCUCCUGAAGCACCACGCGAGCGCCGCAGCCGCCGCGCAAGUCCAUCAUUCCAACAGGGAGUGGGCUCUGGGGAUCUUCCUGAUGACAACGUCGGUCGUGAUAUGGUCCCUCUGGACAGUGAAGCAGGGGCCGUUGCUGCUGGAGUACCCUUCCAAGCUCCUCAACACGACGCUGCAGUGCGUGUUCGCCAGCGUGCAGUCGCUGGCCAUCGCGCUUGUCCUCGAGAGGGACUUCUCGCGGUGGAAGCUCGCCGGCCCCGUGAGCCUCGCCUCGGUGCUCUUCACGGGCAUCGUGGUGGCGGCGAUCUCGUACUACCUGCAGAUCUGGGUGAUCGAGAAGAAAGGGCCCGUGUUCCUGUCCAUGUCGAUGCCGCUGAGCCUCGUCUUCACCAUGGCCAUUGCCUCUUUCCUGCUGGGCGAGGACGUCAGCCUAGGCAGCAUUAUCGGCAGCGUCCUCCUCGUCGCCGGCCUCUACAAUGUGCUGUGGGGCAAGAGCAGGGAGGACAAGCAACAAGCGGCGGCGGCGGCGGGUGAGACGACGGACAGCGGCAGCGACAAUGGGAACGUGGACGUGGAGAAGAACGCUGCGGCCGUGCAGCCGGCGGGCGGGGAGAAGGAGGAAAAGGACGGCGGGACGCGCAACGACGCGGGGGCCAAAGUCUGA